AUGGCAGGAUACGACUAUGGUGGUGCUGGUGGCGGAGCUCCUGGUAGCCUGGGCCUAGGAGGCGGCGAUUGGGCACACGGUGAUCCUCUUGGGAACCCUCACGGCCAUCCUCACAAUGGCAGAGCCCCAAACUCACCAGCAGCUCAGGGCGGCAACGGAGAAGCAGACUUGGAGUUGAGACAAAGCGGCGAGCGCAACAGAUCGCGGCCACGGCAGGCUAGGACAGCCAGUGGCCAGGUGCGUGUCUGCAAGAAGUGUGGAGAGCCUUUGACAGGUCAAUUCGUUCGCGCUCUGGAUGGCACAUUCCAUUUGGACUGCUUCAAGUGCCGGGUAAGUUCUUCCAAAUUCUUCCCAGCAGAGGACGAGAACGGCGAGGGACAAUACCCCCUUUGCGAAACGGAUUACUUCCGACGACUAGGCCUGCUGUGCCAUCAAUGCGGUGGAGCAUUACGAGGUUCCUACAUAACUGCGCUCGAUCGCAAAUACCACGUCGAUCACUUCACCUGCUCCCUUUGCCCAACAGUAUUCGGUGCUCAAGACAGCUAUUAUGAGCAUGAUGGCCAGGUUUAUUGCCAUUACCAUUACUCGACCCAGUUCGCCCAACGAUGCAGCGGUUGUCAAACCUCGAUCCUGAAACAAUUCGUUGAAAUAUUCCGAAACGGACAAAACCAGCACUGGCAUCCUGAAUGCUACAUGAUCCACAAGUUUUGGAACGUCCGCCUCAAUUCACCACAAGAAGCGCCUGUCAUCACCCAAGAUGACACUGCGGGCCGCGAGCACGUCCGCGGCGAGGAGGAACGCAUGGAGGAGAAGGUAUACCGGAUCUGGAGCGUGCUGUCGACCUUCGAAGAGUCUUCGGCUGCUUGUAUAUCAGACAUGCUCCUGCAUGUGAGCAAUGGCGCCUAUGUGGAUGGUGUCAUGGUGGCGAAGAAGUUCAUCUUCCAUGUCGACAUCCUUUUCCGUUCUGCAGACCGACUCGACGCCACUAUGUCCAGCGACGCGGACCCCAAAUCUGGUUUGGCAUACGGGCGUGAGGCCAAAUUGCUUUGCAAAAAGAUCGUGGCAUUCUUCUCGCUGCUGUCCAAGACCCAAGACCGUGUUACACGUAAGCCUGGUGUCACGCAAGAGCUGUUGACGCUUGUCACCGGUCUUGCCCACUAUUUGAAGCUACUUAUCAGAAUCUGUCUGCAAGGCGCUCUUCGGAUCGAAAAAGAAAGGAACUCACCAGAUGGCCUUUACAAUUUCCUGGAUGAUCUGAGCGAUCUCGAAGCGCUCAAAGUGGACGACCAUUCUACAACCACACUCCAGUUGACUUCGGGCAUGUCCAGAUUAUCAGCACAUGACUCGGACCAGUGCAUCCUCUGCCAUAAGCCCAUCGAAGACGAAUGUGCAAAGAGUGGAGAUAAACGGUGGCACCUGGCCUGCGUCAACUGCUCGCAUUGCGGCAAAGAGCUUGGUCGCAAGCUUCAAGAGGCCCGGUUGAAACCCUACGACACCAAGGUAUUUUGCAGUACUUGCGACCCUCAUAUUCCUGCACACCUUUCGCCGUUUGAACACAUUACCAAGCUUCAACAAUACGUCUUCCUGCUCCAGGUUGCCCUGGCUAGACUGCUGGAGAUUCUUCGAGUGAACGGCGCUCUUGACAAUGGUGACGAUCCAAACGGAGGCGAUCUUGACUCUGCUGAGGGUAGGUCCAGGCAGCAAGGGGGCGAUUAUCCACGGCAUCAUCGAGAGUCGUCCUACGAGAGCGCUCUCAAUGAUGUCCGAAGACUAAAAAGCACCCGUAUGGACAAGCACUUGUCGUCCAGCUUUAGAAAGGCAAGGACAUCAAGGAUUCUGGAUGGACCUGAGAGCAGCAGCGUGCGGCCAGGGUCGGCUGGUGGCACAGGCGAGGGGGGUCAGAGUAGGGGAUUCCAUAUUGUCGACGAGCGCGGGCCUAUCGAUGAAGAGGACAUGACAUUGCCCAAUCAGGACGCCUUGACACUCGACGAUAUCCCAAGGAUUGUUGCGGCUGAGCAAGCGGCAAGGGAACAAAGGUCCUAUCAGCCAAACCAGAACCGCCAGGAGCUUUUCCGGUCUCCGGCCACGGAACCACGACUGGGUGCUGGUGGUGCUAAUUACAUGCACCAGCGAAGUCUGUCAGAUGGCAAAGGAGUCGGUUCACGCGGUCUCCCAGACCAGGGCACCAUGCGAGGCACACGACGGUAUUUCUCGGAGUUAUCAGGACUGGAGUACUUUAUCGUCAGACACUUGGCUGUCAUGACGAUGCAUCCUAUGGUUGAGAAUGAGUUUACGCUGGAGGAGCUCCUGGGGUUCAUUGAGAACAAGAAGGCUCCUACUUUCUGGAAGAACAUUGGCAAGGCGUUCAAAAAUGACAAGCAAAAGGCCGUCAAGAAGAAGGGGGUGUUUGGCGUCCCAUUGGAAGUCAUCAUUGAGCGGGACGGUUGCGAGUCGACCGAUGGUGUCGGACCUGGUACUUUGAAGAUCCCUUCCAUUAUCGACGACAUCAUCUCGGCAAUGAAGCAAAUGGACCUCUCGGUUGAAGGUGUCUUCCGAAAGAGUGGCAACCUCAAGAAGUUGGGAGAGGUAGCCGAAGCGCUGGACAGGGAAGAGGAUGUUGAUUUUAGCUCGACGCAUGUUGUUCAGCUGGCCGCCCUCUUGAAGCGAUACCUGCGAGAACUCCCAGAUCCUUUGAUGACGCAGAAACUCUACCGUCUUUGGUUAACAGCGGCCAAGAUCCCAGAUCCAGAGAAGAGGAAGCACUGCCUGCACUUGGCAUGCUGCUUGCUUCCAAAAGCGAACCGCGAUUGCUUGGAAGUUUUGUUUUGUUUCUUGAAAUGGGUGGGAUCUUUCCACCAGGUGGACGAUGAAUCCGGAUCCAAGAUGGACAUCAGGAAUCUGGCCACCGUCAUUGCCCCCAACGUUUUGUUGGAUGCCAACAAGGCUGCAAGCCUUGACAGCGACCCCAUGUUUGCCAUUCAGGCCGUGGAGGUUAUAAUUGCUAGUAUUGAGGAGAUGUGUCUGGUCCCUGAUGACCUGGCCGAUCUCCUGCAAGAUCAAUCAUUAUUCAACAACAGUGCCGAAUUGACAACCAAGGAAAUUCUGAAGCGUUUCGGCGACCGUGCAGCCAACGGCCCAAUCCGACAGUAUAGUGACGUAGGAGAGCUGAUGGGCCGCCACGACAACAACCCCAGCCGCCCACCGCCGAGGAGGAUAGAAACUGACCCGGCAUCAUGGCAGCAGGAAAGCAGCGUGCGACCAAUGCAGGAGCCAACGAUACCAGCCUUUGCGGCAGCGGCAACACCACCUGUUCAGGGCACGCCACCACCACACAAACGUGGACCGUAUGACCCGCCCCAACAGUCACCAUACAGAGGACCGGAGGCCGGGAACCAAGGGCAUUUGACACCAUCACAGCCGCCACAACAACAGCCGCAGCACAACCAGCCUCCAGGACCACCAGGACAGGGAAACAGAGGGGAGUGGAGGAACUCGGGGUGGGGGAGACAGAAUAACGGGUUGACUACCGGGACUGCGUAG